GUGAACGAUUCAACACUUGGCUUGUCCUUGCUGUCAAUUUUGUUUCACUUGUAUCAAAUUGAUCCCAACAGUCCUCAGUGCGAGAGCACAUGGAUCCUGGUAGAGAGACUCACCCAGCAGGCUGUAGAAGGAGUGGUGAAAGCUGACAAACUUCUGGAGGAGGCCAAGGCUCAGAGAAGACUAGUGGAUGUAUCGGUGCAGACUCAGGUAUUUACACUUUCUGGUUAUUCUUUGUGCUUUCUGAAUU